CUUAAGAACGACACAUCACGAACGACACAUUCAAGAUGCAGUAGAGCUAAUGCGGGAAGCCCUUAAAAUCCUGAGAAGCUUGCUUGUUAAUUAUAUUCACAUAUUUGUUUCUGUGCUUCGUUGGUUUGAGUGUGACUUAUUGACAUUCAUACAUUAUUUACCAGAUUUGACAGUUGUGCCGUAGGCCUUGCUUUGUUGAGCAUUGCUUGAAUUUUACUAGUAUUUAAAAUGUCGCUACCUCGCGUGAAGUCAAGGCAAUCAGCUAAUCCAACAGAUCAAGUUACAUUGACUACUAAUGAGAAAAUUUUGCGUGAAUGUCAUUCUCUGUAUAUAGACCCUGAAAAAGGUCUUAUCAAAAUAGCUGAGCAUUUUGGAUUAAAAUUACUAGCCCCAAGAAAGAAAAUAGUUGUUCUGCUUAUUGGCAAUCAUUCAGCCGGAAAAUCAUCAUUUAUAAAUUGGUAUAUUGAAGAACAUGUUCAGCGAACCGGGGUGGCUAUUGAGACCCAGGGCUUUGUUAUAGUUACCAGUGGAAAGAAACGGGAAUCUCUCAUGGGAAAUGCUACACUUCAUUUAUAUCCUCAUUUCAGACCUCUUCAGGAAAUCCAAGGUGUUGUAGAUUUUCUUUCAACAGAAAUAUCUACAUCAAAACAGAAAAAAUUUUCAUUGGUCACGUUUGUGGACACUCCAGGCCUAGUAGAUGGGGAUAUGCAAUAUCCAUUUGAUGUAAAUGAAGCAAUUCUGUGGCUUGAUAAAAUGCGGUUUUAUCUCUCAAAAGCAGAUGAUGCUGGUGAUGAAUCAGAUAGACAAAGGGUUAUGAUGCAGAUUGUGCAGGAGUUGUGCAAAAGACCUGGUCUUAAUCGAACUGGAUUUGAUAUGCCUACAAUUUAUAUUCCUAAGGAAAAUGCACGCUGUGUCAAUCAGAUUGAGAUGGUUUGUAAAGAUAUUGAACGAAUGAUCAAUCAGACAAUUCAGAAUACACUGAAUGCUCUUGAAAGUGACUGUGACACAGUAUUAAAACUCGUGGAUAAGAAAUUGAAAGAUGAUUCUACCAAUAGGUCUUCAAACUUCCGAUCUUCUAGUAUAUGUGAGUGAACUUCAUUAAAAAUCUUCAAAGAACUGUAGAGAAAUUUGAUAUUUUAUUGGUUUAUGGAAUUUAAUAUGAGUUUUAUACACUUAAAAAUGUCAAUUUUUAUUAUAUUGUAUUGUCUUGUUCUGACAGUAAGAAUUUGAUCUAUUGUUACCUGAAUUAAACAAACUGUUGUAUUAUGCAUCAAUUGAACAAUUUCCUGUGAAUAAAUAAAUAUAUUAUACAAUGUUCUUGAAAAAUAUUUUAAUUACAAAAUGUUGUUGGAAUCAUUUUGUUGUCAUUACUCGCCACAAUUAUUGGUUCUUAAAUUUGUAUUUAUAUUUGCAUGUGAUGAAAUACUUUGAAGUGAG